AAUGGUUGACUCACUACCAACAGUUAGAGAUACUGAAGAAUUAAUUACGAUUGAGCAAAUAUUAGACAAGAGAAGAAAAGCUCUGGGAGAGAAGGAACUUUGGAGUGUAUUAAAUGAAUGUCUUACUGCUGUAGACGACGCUUUAGCGGCUAAUUCAAAGGAAUUUAUAAAAUUUUCAAUAUCUCCCGACACCGUUGGAAUUAAUACGAAAAAUGGUAAAAUACAAUUUGUCAAAAGUUCUAAGGAAAUUGACGAUCUUUAUACCGCACCCGAAGUUCCUCUCAACGCUUCUAGUCAAGUAUUUUCUAUUGGUAUUGUUCUACUUUAUUGCGCUUCAUACGGAAUCAAAGCAAGCGAUGAAUUACCGGAAGUCGCUGUUGACUUUUUAGGCAUAAUCGAAUCAAUGACAAGAAACGAUUACGCUUCUCGUAUGAAGUUAACAGAGGCUCUAAAAAUAGUAGAAGAGAGAUGUUUAAUUCCAUCAAAUUUAGUUUGUAAGAAAAUGGUUUCAGAAUGGAAAACUUUCGAGGAUGAAAGCGAUUGCUUUUUGGAACGGGAGGUGUCGCUUAUGUAUACCACUGAUGACGACCAACAGAUGGCGUUUAAAUGGAAGAUACAAAGGAAAUUUCAAUGCAAACCAGUCGAAGAACGAUCAGACAGUGAUAAGGACGAUAUUGUAAACGUGCCUUAUCCUGAUAUGGAUAAGAGCGUUAGUUUGCAAGUCGUUUUAGAAAAAAUAGGCUGUGGUUUAGAAGAGAGAGAACUUUGGGCAGUUUGUCAUCAAGUUUGUAAAUGCCUCGAAGAGGUUGAACAAAUACCUACCUACCUGAGCACAGAAACAGUUUUAUUAAACGAAGAGGGCCGAGCGUCUUUUUUAUUAAAAGAAAAACAAAAUGUUGAUCCUAUUUUCCUCGCUCCUGAGGUGACAUCCCAAACUAAAGAUCCUAUAAAGACAUGCCUCUUUUCCUUAGGGAUUUUACUCUUUCAAUGUGCCGACUUUAGGUUGCCCGCCAGCCGAAGUCCGGGUUUAAGCCCAAAAAUUGAGGCCCUAAUCGAUGCCCUAGCCGACGACGAAGUAUUAAAUAGACCAGAUUUAAAAAUAGUUCUCGAAGAAUGCGAAAAAUCUUGCGCAGAAGAAGGACUUAAUCCCAGUGAUUUAUGCUCCAAUCUGGCUAAAGACGCACAAGUAUUAGUUGAAUGCCAAAGAGGAAAGGUAGAAGAGGAUAAAAAUCCAAUAUGGAGAAAAAUCAUGGACGAAAUACAAUCAGGAGUUGAAUUGAAGCCAAAAGAGGAGAGAAAAAUUCAACUAAAAGAGAUAAAAGAAGUUCACACGGCUAGAGAUCUGCUUUUACAAGGUAUAAGAAGAGGUAAGAAACUCAGACGGUGCUCUAAGCCGAAAAUUGCCGACUUUAGAGAUUGGUUAACAAAGGAAGAUAUGGAAAGGUUAAAGAAAUUUAACAACAUCUCAAAAGAAUCUGACAAAAAAAUAAAAGAAGUUAGAGCAAUAAAAGAAUCAAUCAAAACUCCAUCAGUGCCCGCCUUUUUCCCGUUCGAGGGGUUGUCUCCAAAAUGGGCCCUUAUCCCUAUUGAACAUUUGGAACCUCGCCCUAAUAAAAAGUUGCAUAGAACGAAAUCUGACCUAACAAUAAGAAAACGACCCGGAACACCCCCCCCAGAUCUCAGGCAGACUGUUAGACAGGUUAAAGCCAAAAGUGCCUUUAAGAAGGUUCAUUCGCCACCUCCUUUGCCACUUUCGCCAGUUAAUACUGACUCUGGUAUCAGUGGGACAUCUUAUCUCUUGGAUAAACUUUUGGGCGGAGAAAGUGCCAAGAGGCAGAAGAAAGUUACUGGAGUUGUUCGAAUUUUAAGGGAAGAGUUUAGUUGGGAUACUUUCAUUGAUAGUACAAUAGAAGAGGCGAAUAUGGCUGAAGAUAUCGUUAAUCUGGCGGGAUUGUCUAGAAAAACGUUUGGUUCGGCUGUAGAAGAAAAAUGGUCUGACUUUGCAUGGUCCGACCAAUUGUUAAACUCCCUUUACCGUUUCGUUUCGGAAGACGACGAUGAGUCAAAAAUGUCAAUAAAAUCAGUUGAAUACUCGGGUCGAAGCACUCCCCGAAAUCAGGGACUUCAAGGUCAUUCAACACCCUAUGGCGAAAUUUUUCCGCAUAGAAAUUCACUAAUUAAUCGUAGUCUAUCAAUUCAUAAUGAGAAUUUUAAUAGACCUUUCAUUUGUAAUAUUCAAUUGGAUGAUGAUCAUUCCUCAUCGAAAACUAGUCGUGUUCAAUCACCUAAACUAAAAAAGUCGAAUAAUUUAUCACAUAGUCUGUUAAAUAUACAAGACCUAAAAAGUGGUCAAGGACAAAUGAUAACUGUUUUUGACGAUACCGAAAAGGUUGAGCGAGUACGAAGUGAAACCAUGCAGCCGAAUAGAAAUGUUGUUGAUCGAAAUAGAAUGUUGCAAGGUCGAGAUUUAACUUUUCGUAGAACGGAAAUCAAUAGAGCUCAAUCGUUAUACGACGUUAGAGAACCAAAGAAAAUCAUCUGUGGUCCGGUUGCUAGAUACACAACCGAGUCUGGUGAUGAUAUGUCCGAGAGCGAAAAGAAACUUUACAUAAGGCGAGCCUCCUCUGAAAUUCAGACUACAAAAUCCUACUCGAACAUAGAAACUGGCAGAUGUUCUCUCUAUCCGAAACGUUUUCCUCCUAGGGAAAUAAUAUAUUUUAGUAAAGACAAUUCUAAUUUCGUUAUUGAAAAUAAAAGGACAAUAUCCGAUUUGGAUCAACAGAUAUUCAUAAGAGAAAGAGAGAGGAGAACCGCGGCUAGGCAUGCUCGCAAGCUAAUUGAUAUUGGUGGCCGAGGUCAAUUAACUACAAGAAUACUAGACCAACUAAGAUCUCUAACCGAAGAUGUUCAACAUCUUAAAAAAGAAAAGCAACGAAUACUAGCCGCUCAAUUUGACGACCAAGCGUUAGAUAGCUGCUAUUUAUACGCUUUGGCUCAUUUACAGAGUGACAGCGAAUUCCGCUUGAUUAAUUGCCAUAAUGCUUUCAUUCAGAACGGCCCUGAUGAUGAAUUCUUUGCUGGUGAUCCCGAAGGUUUCCUGGCUCAAUUAUAUGGAAAGGGUGUAUUUUCUAACGAUUUUGUUCGAGUAUUUUUCAUAACCUAUCGCUAUAUAAUGUCAAGAGAGGUUUUAGCCGAUUUCUUAUUAUCCAAACUGAAAUGUUUUGAAGACGCUGAACUGACGGAUGAAGUUGAUAUGCUAAAAACCAGAACAGCUUUUCUUAUUGCCGUAUGGACGGGUUUGUUUAGGGAGUGUGAUUUUGGCGUUGAUGACUAUGGAGAAAGAUUUAAUGCGCGUCUAUUGGGUACAAUUGACAAUAAUUCCAACUACGAUUGGCUAGAAGUUAGAGAGAAUAAAGAGAGAAAUCUGGAAUCGGAUUCUGAGGAUGAAUUCGAUAUGCUUUGUACGGCUCAUCAAAAUUUCAAGGUCAAGAUCAAAAAACCCUUACCAGAAGGUGAUUGGUCUCUAUCUGAAAUUGAUCCUGACCGUUUGGCUGAACAGCUAACUCUAUUGGAGAAAGAACUUUUCGAUGUUUUACAUCCAAUAAAUGUCCUUAAUUCAAAAGGUCAAGGAAUUGAUAUAACUCUUUUCACUAAAGUUCUCAUUGAUAGAGCUAGCAACGUGAGAAGAUCGUUGAAAAAUCGUCGUACGGAAUCUGAAGAAUCCUUAUUCGUUGGAACUUACGCUUUUGACGAUCGCUUGGCUGAUGUGGUACAAAGAAGUUGCGAUAUCACACAUUGGGCAGUCGCAGAAAUUUUAAGAUCAAAUUCCAGAAGAAAGAAUCUUAUUCAAGUAAUACUUACGGCAGAAAAAUGCUGGAAUUUAUGCAACUAUUCAACAUGUUCAUCACUUAUCGAUGCAUUGGACAUGGUUCUCAUCAGAACUUUAGAUUGUUGGAAAAGUUUACCAAGUAACAUUGACAAAAUAGUCAAGAAAUUAAAUAAUUAUAAACUACUAAUGCAAACGAAUCCAGUUCCAAAAACGGAUAAACCGUAUCUACCUCCAAUAGCCUAUUUACUAAUACAUAUUCAAAAGGCUGAAUCGGGUAAUUUCAAACUGGCGAAUGGAAUGUUCAAAUACUCAAAGUUAAGGACAAUUGCUGAUUUAGCUGACCUAGUUAGAAGAAGAGGUUCAUAUCAUACAAAAUUAAAUAGCGAUCUAAACUUACAAAGAAUACUACGAAGAAGAAUAACUCAACUAUCAAGAGCAGAUUUACAAGCAUUAGCAGCCGUGGCCCAUAAGACACCAGCUAAUAGUGGAAAAUUGAAUUUCUUUUCUCAAUUUGCAAAGAAAUUUCUUAAUAAUUAA